AUGAUGCAAAGAUCCAGUAUCAAGUUAGCUGCGAUUGUUGGAAUUAGCUUUUCUGUAGCAUCGUUAAUUGUCCACCUGUACCUCGCCAACUUCUCAAGCAGCGAAUAUUUAGAUGAUGGACGACCUUUUGACGGUUUCUAUGGAUCGGUAAUAUAUAUCAGUCUAAUAUUUAGCUUUAAUCGACUUGGACUGAAAUAUUCAUAAGAAUUUUUAAUCUCCAUAUAUGCAUUUUAUUAUUAAAUGGGUGAUUUGGAAAGUGCUUCUUAUUUUGGUUAUGUCAUGUUGUUGCAGAGAUUCAAGUUUGCAAGGUUAUGGGGCCCCAUUGGUUCAUUGGAGUUUCUGCAACCAUAUGCAAACCCAAGAGAAGAGUACCCUGGUAUGACUUCUUCAGUUUGUCGUGGAUUUUAUUUUUUUUAUACCUUUUUUUUUUCUUCAUGGUGGCAGAGAUCUUAAGAAUUAUUAACUAUCUUAGUGAAUUUUUUCCUUCUGUAUGCUAUCCCGGAGAGAUUUUAUCAAUUGAUGGUUUUCUCAUGAUCAUGGUUGUAUUUUGGUAGUCCUUAGUCGUUUUUUUAUGUGAGAACUUAACCGAAAUUUUUGGUUUCUUCUGGGUGCGAUUUACUCCAGCAUAGCCUUUCCCACUCCUGUAGAACCACCAACUUUCCACUAAAAGUUGGCAGAAUAAAUUGAUAAAUGGAAAAAUAGAGAUAUAGGGAAAGAUGGAGAGGGAAAUGGAUUGGCAUCUUGAGUCGAAAUAUGAACACACACAUGCAAGGGACCAGAUCUUGGGAAGAUUUGGCGAUCCCGCGGUCACGACUGAGAGUGGAAGUGGUGUGCAAGAUUUUUCAGAGAUUAACAGGUGACCCAUGAUAUUGACCGAGAGAGAUAUGUGAAUUUUCAUGCUUGCUUCUUCAUCUGAUAAUCUAUGUAACUCUCUAUAUGGCAGGGUCAAAGAGACCUGUUCUGUUUAAGGGCAUUAAUCUCUCAUUAUGGGUUACUAAUAUGGGCUCUACCAUCUUGAUAUGGUGAUAUUAAUGGAUUUUUGAGAGAUGAAUUAACAUGUAUGUUUUACAUCACUCACUUUCAUUCUAUAAUUUAAUCAUCAGGAGGUCUUCCACUGACUUCAUACAGACUAAAAAUAUAUUUAUGUUACAAAAGUUUUCUGCAUAUAAAAGUGAAAAUCUUCCUUGAAAUUUAGCAAAUGGUGAAAAUCGACUAUGCAUGAUGGAAAAAUUAUGUAUGGGGUAUCAUACAGUUCCUUUACCAUGUCGCCAAGAUGCAUGGGUGAAAAAUAUAUCCCAAAUCUAAAUAUGCCAGCAUCUGGUUUUUCGUCAUCAAAUCACUGCUCCUUAAAAUUUGGGGAUGUUGUCUAGAAAACAAUGGAUUUCAACUCUUUCCUUCUACAUUUUCCCUAGUAAGGUCUUUUUAGUGAAAAAUGUGAGAGGAAUUUCUCACCUGAUUGCUCCCAUUUUCUUUAUUUUUUUUAUUGAGGAUGCAUUUGGGGCCUCUCUAGAGGGCCUAAACAACGGGAAAAGUUUCCAUUGACGAAUUUUUAAUCAUACAUCCGGUGACUCCUCCACUGGAUACCUUGUCCUGGAGUUAUAGAUUACAUAGUAAGCUAUUUCCUAGUACGACUGAUGUAUAUAUUCGUACAAAUAUUUAUAUAAUAUACGGAUUUAUAUUCCGGAGUGCUGGUGUGCGUUUUAUCUCAAGUUAUUGGGAAUUGUGCUUUCUGAAUCUGAUUUGCAGAGACCACAAUCUUCUAUCCUUUUGCCACUUGUUUGUUUUGUACCCUCUAUAAUUUUUUUUCCCGUUUAUGUGCAGUUCCAGGUAUGGAAAACAAUGGCUACCUGUAUGCCAAGAUAUAUGGUGGGUUUGAAAAUAUUCAGUCUUCGGUAAGCUCAUGCAUCCUAUGCAAUGUUCCAUUCAGAUAACUUUCUCAUAGUUGGUUAUGUAUAAUAAGCUUUAUUAUUUGCUAGAUCUGUGAUCUUGUCGCUAUUGCCCGUCUCCUCAAUGCUACUCUAGUCAUCCCUGAGAUUCAAGAAAGCCUUCAGUCAAAAGGCGUCAGGUUUAUGAGACUCAACAUCUGGGGCUGAUUUUUCGAGAAUAUGGUCUUUUACGGUCUGGCAUUAAUUUAUUUAUUUAUUCUUGCCUUAUUCUAUGCAGUUCAAAAUUCAAAAGCUUUUCAUAUAUCUACGAUGAGAAGCACUUCAUGGCAGCACUUACCAAGGAUGUAAUUGUUGUUCGGAGCUUGCCUGCUGGUUUAAAGGAAGCUAAGAAAAAGAACGAACUUACUAUGAUUUCACCUAAAUAUUCAGCCUCACCUAGCUUCUACUUGGAUCAAGUCUUACCAAAAUUAAAAUCUUCAAAGGCCAUUGCGUUGAUUAUUACCGGUGGAGGUUGCCUUCAGGUGGGACAUUUAAUUAUAUACCGAUAUCCUUGUGGAUUAUUUAGUGAUGUUGCAUCUAAAAUUGAUGUGCUGAAAGGUCAUUAGUCUUUUGCCUUGUGUGGCCAGAGGUUUUCAAAUAGAUUUAUUAUUUCAUCUAGUAAUUAUGACAAUAAGUAUAAACUGUUAUAUUAUCAGCAUUGUCGGUGAGUCCAAUAACCAAUCAGAUGAAUCUAUUAUUUUCAUGUAGUUUGUGUCUAAAAUGUUGAAGUGCGUUUAAUGAUCCUGCUUUCAUGGGCACUUAAAUGGGUACUCGUACUCGUAGAAUGAAAAUGCAUGCAAAAUAGGAAUCAUUUGCCCAUCAUUGUUUGAAAUGCACAAAACGCAAUAAGGUUUGUGAAUGUAUAUCUAAAAAUUUUAAAUUCUUAUGCUUUUUAAUGUAAUAGUAUGAAGGAGCGUAUAUUUGAUGUUGACUGAUUGCUUUAUCUUCAGUCUGAAAUUCCAGUUGAGGGAUGCGGUUGACUUUGUGUCCUAAUUGAGAGCAUUGAUGGUGAUGACCAAUUGUAAUGGUAAAUUAUUUUUCCUAGAUGUUAGGAACAAAAUCCAUAAUGCAGCACAUGGGAGGUGAUAGGUGAUGAAGAAACGAAAAGUACAAGUGGAAGAAGAGAAGAGAGACAAACACACAGGAAUGCAUCUUUUACAUAAUUUAGCUAUGCAUACAUCCCUGUCCACACCAAUCCUACUACCUAGAAAAAAAUUGCAUUUACAAGAGAGUUGGUGCCAAGUAGGAUAAUCUGAUCUGGUUUUAAAACACACUAGUAACCCAAAAGUUUCCAAGGCAAGGGUUGGCUUACUGGAUAUAAAUCAGGUUCCAUGCUCCCGCACUAGAUUAGUUCCAUGAACCUGUCUGCCCAUUAUCUGUUUUGGAUAUACGUUACUUAAUAUCAUCUUAAGUUCGUCUAUUUUUAGGCUUUAUCUUAUUAAUAGAAAAUUUUAUGGUACCUCAAAUUUAACACGUCAAUAUGUUGGAGUAACAAGUUGAGAGGUGACAAGAGAUGAAAAAUCUUUAAAGGCCUAGAUUGAUGAGUUAUUUUACUUAUAAAUUAUUUUAUCCCUGCAUGUGUCAUUCUUUAAGCAAUCUUGCCACUUUCGGUUGUAGGACCUUAUAUCUUUACCAUAAUGCGCAAUUUGUGAUUCUCUUAUGAAAGUUAAUUUCCGUUCUUUCUCCAGUCCAUCCUUCCACCAACAAUGGCCGAGUAUCAAAGACUUAGAUGUAGAGUUGCUUUCCUUGCUCUUCAAUUCCGCCCGGAAAUCAAGGCUCUUGGGAAACAGAUUAUCAAUAGGUAUCAUUUGGAAUCACUUAUUCGGGGUGCUUUUUCUAAUUUUUUAAAUUGAUUGCCGUGUGCUAUUGAAAAUUUGCACCAACUCACCAUUUUUUUUUGGAUAAGUUAUUUUUUUACCUGUUACGAGAUGUUUUGUAGAAAUUAGUAUUUAUUAAUCCUUAUCAGGAAAGCAAGGCUCUUGGAAAACAGAUUAUCAAUUGGUAUCAUUUGGAAUCACUUAUGCGAGGUGCUUUUUCCAAUUUUUUAAAUAGAUUGCCGUGUGCUAUUGAAAAUUUGCACCAACUUACCAAAAAUUUUUUGGAUAAGUUAUUUUUUUACUUGUUACGAGAUAUUUUGUAGAAAUUAGUAUUUAUUGAUCCCUUAUUUGUAUUGAACAUCCCAUUUAUUUUAGCAUAUCUCAUUGCCUUAUUCCAACAAGUUUUGUAGGAAUUAUGGUUUUCUGGCGAACUUAAUCGAACUUAUCUGUUGCAGAUUUUCUGGAUCUUGAUCUGCGCAAGUUCUUCUGAGUUAGCAACGUCGUAGGGUGGGAUUUAGUCGAAGGGGAUACAAUUCGGCAUGAAUUAAUCUACGGAUGAAUGAAUUGGAGACGUCGCAAAAUAAUUUCCUAACGUGAUGUAUAAAAAACGUAAAAGCAUUUAACUUAGAACUCAAAACCUUUCCCUAUGGGUAGACCAUCUCCUUGAAAAAUCCCUACAUUGAACCACAUUAAGCAUCUUGUCAGAUUCCAAUCAUGAGUCAUUUAAUUGGACUGGGUUCAGGGGGACCUAAUGGAAGCCUGAUCACAAACUGUCAAAAGAGAAGAUGAGGAAAAUAGUGAGCAUAACUGGUUUGUAGGUUGACGUGGUCCUUGUGGAAGUGUGUGAGCUGACCAACGCUGAUCAGAUGGAAAGGGCAUUCCUGGCCAUCUGUACUCGUUUUCAGAAGUUGGGGUGGAGUCUUGGGCCAGCAACUUGCUUGCAAGUUGUUGGUUCCCACCAUACAUUUUAUUCCUGUUAUCUGAAUAAUGGCUUGUCUCAAUUGUUAUCACGGCGAAAUGGUGUUGAUUGGACUGGUGCAGUGGAAUGCUUGAAAGGAUCUGGUCUGACAGCUUACUAAUUUUCGUCAAGAAUUCAAAAUUUGACAUUGGGCUCCACAUUUUCAUCAGAUCUGGUUGUUGGAAUAUUUGGGUUUUUAAUCACCAGUAUUCUUGCUCUCUUGUUCUCAUUGAUUGUGCCUGAUAGAUAUAUUUUUGGAGUUGACCAAUAUGUCAAUGAAAAUUUGUUUGGCAGGUUAAGAACCUUCGAACAGCCUUACAUAGCCUAUCAUCCUGGGAUAAUAAGGGAUACUCUGGCAUUUCAUGGCUGUGCUGAGCUUUUUCAGGUUAAUUUCUCUAUCACAAAUAAUGAUGGAAUAUUUGAUUCAUUUUUCCAAAAAAAUCAUUCUUCAUAUAUAUUUUCUAAUUUAUGCAAAGGAAGCUGAUUAUUUUUUAUACGCUUUUAUGCAAUCUAACUCUGGCUUGCAAUGCGUAUGGAUUUAGGAUGUUCACACAGAACUUAUACAAUACAGAAGGAAGCAAAUGAUCAAACGAGGAAUUCUGAAUGAAAAACUAGAGGUUGAUUCUCGUCUUCGAAGAAGACAUGGGUCAUGCCCACUAAUGCCUGAAGAGGUACAACCUUUCUCACUGAGUGCAAAUCUGUGAUGCAAUCAGGCAUAUGAUAUGCGAGAUGGCCCACACCAUGCUCACCAGGAAGUAAAUCGAGAGGUCAAAGUGUUGCUUUGACCCACUUCAAGAAAUGCCCACUCCUCUAAGCAGAGGGAUAAGCUGAAUCAUGGCAUCAUUCCAUCAUAUUAUAUUUGGCAUCAUGUCUCCAUAUCCAGUUGAUCAUCCAAAAAGAGGCAUUUAUUCUUCUAUACUGAGUGCGCCAUUAUCACAUUCCUUGCAAUCUGACUGUGUUUAAGUCGGUCCCUAAGUCUCCAUCUCCGCCUCUGCAGGUCGGCCUCCUCCUCCGAGCCAUCGGGUAUCCUUCAAACACAGUAAUAUAUUUGGCGGGUUCAGAGAUAUUUGGUGGGCCGCGGAUUCUCAUCCCUCUUCAUGCCAUGUACCCCAACGUGGUUGACCGCACAUCUUUGUGCAGUCAGAAGGAAUUAUCCCACCUGGUUGGACCUGAAUCUCCUCUCCCCGAAGAAAUUAUUCCCACCCCUCCAGCUCCAAGUGAAGAACAGCUCAUUCUAGAGUGGAAGAAGGCGGGCCCAAGGCCUCGCCCUCUUCCUCCGCCUCCUGCUCGGCAAUUUUAUCCUCAUGAACGGAGCGGUUGGUAUGGCUGGGUGACCGCAGUUGACAGUGAGCCCAACCCAUCACCCGGGAAUCUCAGGGAGAAAGCACACAGGCUGCUGUGGGAUGCCGUUGACUAUCUGGUCUCCGUUGAAGCUGACGCAUUCUUCCCCGGCUUCCACAAUGAUGGCCGUGAGUCAUCAGACUUCUCAAGCCUGGUCAUGGGACACCGUUUAUUCCGAAUGCCCACUGCUGUAACAUAUCGUCCAGACAGGUGAUGAUCAUCUAUCUACCUACAUUCAAUUCCCAUCCUGCAAACGUAAUCUGAUGGAAAUGAAUAUUUAUACUUGUUAGUUCUUGGAAUUCUUUGUCAAGAUCCUUUCUUUUGAGGAACUCUUCAGCCUUUUUUUCAAUAAAGUUGCCAACUUUUCCUCCAAUUCAGCACAUCAUGGAGAUUUUCAGCUGCCCAACUUGAUAGAUAACAUGCAUUCUGCACUUGGACUUCUGACACUGAUGGGUUGACUUGCUGUUUCUUUCACCAGGAAAAUUAUUACUGAAUUAUUUGAUACCAUCCGCGAUAAUCUGUAUCAUCCAAGGCGCAAUUGGACAGUCAAUGCGCGGGGCCACCUCAACAAAGGCCUGGGAUUGGAAGGUCUGAUAACGGAGUCGCAGAUGUCAAAGCCGACGUCAUUCCUCUCACACCCGCUGCCCGAAUGUUCUUGUAGAAUCUCCGCAGCCGCCAACAUCUCAGUGCAGGUUGAAGGAAUUCGCAGUGAAUUAUCUUCUGAGAGUGAGGAGGAGUGCCCUGCUUGGAUGCCGCAGGAUCACAAUCCUCCCCGCGAUGUCCUGGGAAAUGACCCUGGGGAAGAGGAAAUGGACGCGGAGGCUGAGACGGUGCCCGAAGAAGCCAGCAGAGUGGAUGAGGCCAACCCAUCGCAGGAAGAGGAGAUUGAGUCUGAUGAUUAA